AUGGCUUCGUCCUUCAGACUCGGGUUGUCCUACAAAUCUGAGGACACAGUGCGGCCCGCUGACACGAUCGAGGACCGAUCUCGCAAGAUAGAGACGGGACCAACCCAAUACGCUGGGAUCCUUGACCCUCCCCAGGUUGUAAUGGGAAUCGCCACGAGAUCGAUUGCGCCAUUGGCGGCUUUCGCUAAUGGGAGUAACGCCGACUGGAUGGGUUUUACAAUGCCGCUUCUUGCCAAUACUCUCAGGAGGCUCAGGGCUGGCCAAAGCAAGAAUAUGCGUAUUCGCUUGCGUACGGCGACACUUACAUACCAGAACGUGAGCACGAAGCAUCGCCCUCGCCACGGGCAAUUGUGCACAGCUGCAAGGCUGCCUCAGCUGAGAGAGAAUCAGCAGCCCCGGACCGAGGCAGCUCUCGACGUGCCGAGGUCGCCGGCUCCGCAGCAUACAGAUGACUUCGUAUUUCCAAGUGGUGUAGGACAUACUGUGAAGGUCGGUCGUUGCUAG